CCAACAACACGACAACACACAUGAAACACACCAACACGUGUACGUACGUCUGUACGGGUGGAUGGAUGGAUCGAUAGAUCAAGCAAACAAUCAAUGAGUAAUAAUCGGCAAGGCAAAAAAGUGAGUGGGUGAGUGCAGAAACGACCUUCCGGCCGGCCAGCCAACCAGCAACGUCUCUCUGUGCUGCGUGCGCUAUCGACAUACACACAUCGACAGACAGCGUGUGGGUGUGUAUGUGUAUGUGUAUGUGUGUACGCGUGAAGACGACUAUUGAUUGAUUGGUGUGAAUGAAUGGAAUGGGGGUGUGGUGUAGUGCGGCUGAGUGGAGUGGGUGGGUGAGAGCGGGAGUGAGACAGUGCGCACCAUUAAUUCGCAGAACCAGUCAUAGAAAUGGCCAUCCCUCCCUCCCUCUCUCCCCCAUCCAUCCAUCCAUCCAUCCAGGUACCCACCCAUCGAAUGACAUAAAACUAGACGCGAGUCACUGAUUAGGGCGCGCUGACGGCGAGUGUGCAUUGCAUAAGUCUGUCUAUACGUGUGCAUGUGAGCGUAAGUGCCUUGGGGGCUAAUGCCUUCAGUUGCAUUGCAUGCAGGUGAAGGAGAGGCAAUACGAUACGGACGGGCGUCAACACCAAAACCCCAGGCAGCCAGCCAGCCAGCCAGGCAGGCAGGCAGGCAUAAAAGCAACAGCCGACAGACAGACAGACAGGCAGACGUGCACCGACACGGCAUGGAAUGGCAUGGAAGCGGUAACCCAAGUCGAGAAAACCAUGCACGCAUUCACGUAAUGCAUCCCCCCCUCCCCCUCUCCCUGAUCGACGCGAAAUGCACGGGCAUCAUCCCCCCUCCCUCCCUCCCUCACUGCAUGGACCACGGAUGUGUGUAUGAUGCAUGGCUGGCACCGUACGGCCCGCCACCACCAUAGCCUCCAGCCCACUCCGGCCACGCCUCAGCAUCCCCUGCCAUGCUGCUCCCGCUCAUGUACUGGUCCCCCAUGGCCAUGGCCAUGUGGUGGUAGGACGGUGUGUCGAAGCCCUGCUGGUGGUGGUGGUGGUGGUGUUGCUGCUGCUGGGGGGUGAAGGUCAUGGCGGCAGAGGGGUCGAUGGUGUCGUGUAAGUAGGGAUGAUGUGGCUGGGGCUGGCGGGGAGCCGGGAGGUGCUGCAUCAGAUACAGAGCACUCGCCUGACACACAGACAGACAGACAGACAGACAGGAAACCCAGAACACACGUACACGUGUCUGUCUGUCUGCCUGUCUGCCAUGAUGCCGUGGCAGCCCUAUAGGUACCUCCCUGACUCACCUGCUGCUGCUUCUUCAAGGCCGCUUUGUCCUUCCUCCUCGGUGGCACAGGAACGGCAGGAGCCAGCGGAGCCACAGGGUGCUGCGGGGGCGACGGCGGCCGCGUCGAUGCCCUCGUCGAUACACCCCCCUCGCCCAGCAGCUCUGACAACACGAAGGGCCGCGACGCGGGCUGGGCCAACGGACCGACCCCCGGAGUGGAGGCAGCGCUGUUAGGCCGCGGCGGGCCGGUGGUUGACGAUGCCUCCGAGAUGCCCGUGUUGCUGCGGGCCAUCAGGGGAGGGACAGCCUUGGUCGAUGUGACCUUGGGUGGCGGGUGGGGGACUGGCACAUCUGGUGUGUCUGUGCGGGUGGGAGGGGCCGUGUGUGUUGCUGCUGCUGCUGCUGUUGUAGAUGGCGGUUUGAUGACCUUGCUGUGGCUGUGUCUGCUGGCGCCCUGCUGCGAUAGCACGUGGAGUUUGGCGAAGAAGUCCAGGUCGUCCUGAAUCUCCUUGGCGAAGAACGGCUUGCUCGCCCAGCCACCACCGGGGGCGCCAGCCCCGCUCGCGCCACUGCUGCUGUUCUCCCCAGCACCGACCUGCUUGUCGUCAUCCUUGAAUGACGAUGCGCGUGGAGCAGUGAGGUCCAUCGGCUGGGGCGGGUGUGGGGGCUCGUGCAGCGUGCUGAAGGAGGGGCUUGACGACGUGCUGCGAUCGCUGGUCGUUGAGAAGCCGGGCGGCGCGGUGCGGUUGGUGGGCGAGUUGCCGCUGCCGUGGCUGCUGUGAGUGCUGGCGCUGCAUGACCACACCCUCUCGCUGGAAGACCGUGCACCGCUCUUAUGCACCGGAGGCGGCGCACACACCUUCUUGACGGGCAGCGCUGAAGCUUCAGUGUCGGCAGUCUCGCCACCAUCCGGCCCGUCCGUUGGCCAGUCGGGGACCACCACAUCCAGCUGCUGCGUCUGGCCGUCUGUUGUCGUCUUCUGCCCCUCAGACACGAGAUGCAGUAUGGGCGGCAGGCCGAACAGAGGGGAUGUGUGUGGGCUGGACUGACGCACCACAGACGGGGAGGGGCGGCCUGGGGGCGCCUCUAAUCCUGCUGCUGAAGCAGCAGCAGCAGCUGCUGCUGCUGGGGUAGUGGUCGUGGUGGGGAGGGGAUGCUGCUGCAGCUGCCGUUGGUCAUCCGCCAGUGUGCCAGGGGCGGUGGUGUCGGCCGUGCCGGUGGUGCUUGCGAUCAGCUUGCUGGGCCAAAAAAAGAACUUGCGAAGCUGACAACAGGCACGACAAAGCAGCUGUGCUGUGAAGGCCUCCCACUUCCCCGGCCACCGACCCACCUUCUGUGUGAGUCCCCUUUGUUCCCAGCACACGACUUGCAGCCGCGUCGGUGGCAGGGGCAUGCUGCGCUCGUGACACCACAGCAGGUACUGCUCGUGGGCCGCGUUCACCAGCUCGGCCACCAAGUCGCACGCUGCACACACCGAGAGAAUGACGAUACCAUACAAGACACACAAAGCAACAAAGCGCCACAGAGCCGUCAACUGUGGGAGGGAGGCAUAAGGUUGGGCAUGAGUCAUGCCAGACCUACCCUUUCGAUAGCCCUGGUAGUUGGGACACGAGACGCACAAGUGGAGAGGCUCCACAGGCUCUGCACGCGCACACACACAUCGAAAUUUGGUGUGGUAGGGUCGGUCUGUUGCUCACUCACCUCCAGUGUUGAAGAGGUCAUCUGUGUCAUCUGAACCCCGCCCCCGCAGCCGCAGCUUGGUCAUGUAGUGCGAGUUCUCAAUCACACGCUUCAUGUUCCCACCCUGCAGACAACGAACGAAGCAGCCACCACGUCUCUCUCUCUCUCUCUCUGUGUGUGUGUGUGUGCAUCUGUUGUCUGCCACCACUUGCCUUGUGUCCGAUGAUUCGCGACGAGACGUCGAAUUGCGUGUCUUGUGGGAUGCCGAUGGGGAACUUGCACGUGUACUUGCGAAACGAUGGGCACAACGUAUCGGGGAAACUCUCCGUGUUGACGCCUGCAGACAACAGAGAGCAAUGCCCACGCUUCUUCUGCGUCACAGGCGUGCACAAAAGAUAGAUGACGUGGGUACCUACCUGCUCCCCCGCCGAAAGGUGGUUUGAGGAUCGACGCGGCCGCCCAUGCAUACUCGAGACGGUCAGCAGCUGGACACACGCACACACACACACACACACAGAAGUGAGUGGCUAUCACGUCACGUGUGUGUAUUUUGGUUCUCUCUUUCCCCCCACCCCACGCAGCGCAUCGCACCUGCUUUGGUGAGUUUGCCUCGUGUGACUUGUUGCAUGAGCGUGUUGUAAGUAGCAGUGUUCAUGUUGGCCAGCAGACCCGUCCCCACCAGUGUGCUCGGAUGGUUCAGCCCCAGCUGAGCCGCCACAGCAGUGAGCAGCGGGUUGCCGCCCCCAUGCCCAUGCAGCUGCCCGCUGGCGCUGGCGCCCCACUCCGCGAGACACCCCUCGUCAGCCAUGCUCAUCGUAGUGCUCAUGGUCACGUUUCUGUCGUCGGGCUGCCUCCACUGCUGCUGCAUCUGCUGCAGGCACAUCCAGGGAAGGUCCAGCGCGUCCGAUGCCACUGUGUGGUGGUCGUCUCGAGUGGCACUGUCGUGGCUGGCACUGCUGUGCGUGGGGCUGCCGUCUCGCGUGUGUGCGUGUGAGUGAGCGUCGCGGUCAGGGGCGGGGAGAGGGAGGGGGGCGGCGUGAGGGGCGGGAGUGGCACUGCUGGUGGUGUGUGUGGGCUCCAUGGGGGGCGACAGCACUUGGGCGAUGUCUCGCAAGGGGACCACACGCAAAUGCCCGUCGGCGAGCAGCUUCUGAAAGCCGACGCACAGAAAAACACGUGAUGAUCACGGUGGGCUCAUUAGAAUGGCUCUCCUCCCUCCCCUCCCAGUGGAGUGGCUGGCCUGCCACCCACCUGUCCGUGCAGCUGCCUCUGUGCCUGCUGUGCCGUCUGUGGGGAGUCGAACACCACUAUGGCGAAGCCGCGGUCGGCAACCACACCCUCUACUGUACCAAACCGACCGAAGAUCUGCACACACACAGACAUAUACAUAAACACAAAGGGUAUUCAUUGCCGCCUCCCUUGCUCGUCUGCUACUUUACUUGAGUGCGUGAGUGAUACCUACCGUGUGAAUGUCGCUCUCAGACACUGUGCAAACGUCCCUCGGUUCCACCGACACGACCACUGCUUUGGAUGGAUCAGCGGGGGGCGACGGCCGCGACACUCUCGUUGUGUUCUGCGUCAUAUUGGACAAGUGGGGGUGAUCAUGCAAUGACUGGGGCAGAGCAUCGCUGCCGAAGUGGGGAAACAGAGGAGAGGGGCGGCCGGA